ACACUUGUAAUAGGUUCUUCCAAAGCAGUAAAAGAUAAAUAAAAAAAGACAUGGCAGCUCAACGUCCGCUGGUGAUGUUGGCGGCGAUGAUGGCCAUGGCGUACAUGGCGGCGGCAGAUGGCCAUGGCGGUGGAGGAGGUGGAGGUGGAUAUGGUGGUGGCAGUGGAGGAGGAGGUGGAGGUGGGGGCCAUGGAGGCGGUGGAUUCGGAGGUGGUGGAUUUGGUGGAGGCAGCGGCGGCGGCAGCGGCGGAUAUGGCGGAGGAAGUGGAGGCGGAGGCGGUGGAUUUGGAGGUAACGGAGGUGGAGGCCAUGGGGGCGGUGGAUUCGGAGGUGGUGGAUUUGGUGGCAGCAGCGGCGGCGGCGGCGGCGGCGGUGGAUACGGUGGAGGCAGUGGAGGUGGAGGCGGUGGCAGUGUAGUUGCCGGAAUUCUGGUUGGCAGUGGAACUCUCUCGGGUGGAGGCGGCGGUGGCGGCGGCGGCGGCGGCGGUAGCGGCUACGGAGGAGGAAGCGGAGGCGGUUUUGGUGGAGGAAGCGGAGGCGGAUUUGGUGGGGGAAGUGGAGGUGGAUUUGGAGGACACGGAGGCGGCAGCGGAGGUGGCAGCAGUUCAGGCGGAUACGGAGGGUAA